AUGGAAUGUCUCUACUAUUUCCUGGGAUUUCUGCUUCUGGCUGCAAGGUUGCCACUUGAUGCCGCGAAACGAUUUCAUGAUGUGCUGGGCAAUGAAAGACCUUCUGGUUAUAUGAGGGAACACAACAAGUUAAAUGGCUGGUGUUCUGAUGAAAAUGAAUGGGAUGAAAAACUCUAUCCAGUGUGGAAGAGAGGAGACAUGAGGUGGAAAAACUCCUGGAAAGGAGGCCACGUGCAGGCAGUGCUGACCAGCAACUCACCAGCACUGGUGGGCUCAAAUAUAACGUUUGUGGUGAACCUGGUAUUCCCCCGAUGCCAAAAGGAAGAUGCCGAUGGCAACAUAGUCUAUGAGAAGAACUGCAGAAAUGACACCAGCUUGCCCGCUGACCCAUACGUUUACAACUGGACAGCCUGGUCAGAGGACGGCGACUGGGGAAAUGGCAGCAGCCACAGACGUCAUGACGUGUUCCCUGAUGGGAAGCCUUUUCCUCCCCACCACAGAUGGAGGAAAUGGAAUUUUGUCUACAUCUUCCACACACUUGGUCAGUAUUUCCAGAAGUUGGGCCGGUGUUCAGCGAGCAUUUCUAUAAACACAGCCAAUGUGACAGUCGGCCCUCAGAUCAUGGAAGUGACUGUCUACAGAAGACACGAACGAGCGUAUGUCCCCAUUGCACAAGUUAAAGAUGUAUAUGUGGUAACAGAUGAGAUUCCUAUCUAUGUGACUAUGUCCCAGAAGAACAAUCGAAAUUCAUCUGAUGACACCUUCCUUAGAGACCUACCCAUUGUGUUUGAUGUCCUGAUUCAUGAUCCUAGCCACUUCCUCAACCAGUCUGCCAUUUACUACAAGUGGAACUUCGGGGACAAUACUGGCCUGUUUGUUUCCAACAAUCAUACUUUGAACCACACAUAUGUGCUCAAUGGAACCUUCAGCCUUAACCUCACUGUGCAAGCUGCGGUGCCUGGACCUUGUCCACCAACACCCAGACCUCCAAAACCCACCCCUUCUUCAGCAACUAUUCUAAAAUCUUAUUAUUCAAACAUUCCAGAACCUGCUGGUGACAACCCCCUGGAGCUGAGCGAGAUUCCUGAUGAAAACUGCGUGAUUAACAGAUAUGGUUACUUUACGGCCACCAUCACAAUUGUAGAGGGAAUCCUAGAGGUUAACAUCAUCCAGGUGACAGACGUCCUGAUGCCAGUGCCACAGCCUGACACUUCCCUGAUGGACUUUGUCGUGACCUGCCAAGGGACCAUUCCCAGGGAGGUCUGUACUGUCAUUUCUGACCCCACCUGCCAGAUCGCCCAGAAUGCAGUCUGCAGCCCUGUGGAUGUGGACGAAACGUGCCAGCUGACCGUGAGAAGAGCCUUCAACGGAUCUGGGACAUACUGUGUGAACCUCACUCUGGGGGACGCUGUAAGUCUGGCCCUCACAAGCACCCUGAUCUCCAUCCCUGGCAGAGACCCAGCGUCCCCUUUAAGAAUGGCUGGUGGUGCCCUGAUCUCCAUUGGCUGCUUGGCUGUAUUUGUCACUGUGAUCACCCUCUUGGUGUACAAAAAACACAAGACUUACAAACCAAUAGAAAAUAGUGCUGGGAAUGUGGCCAAAGGCAAAGGCCUGAAUGUUUUCCUCAACCAUGCAAAGGCCGUGUUCUUCCCGGGAAACCAGGAGAAGGACCCACUGCUCAAGAACCAACCAGGAAUUCUUUAAAUUUCAUCUUUAUUUCUGACCAAGCUCACUCUUCAGUGCCAUUUAUGUGAGCUGUGCUGGAGUGGGUGACUAUUAACUUUUUUUCCUGAAAGAUUAUUGUAAAAAUAUAUUUUGGUUUAGGGAGGUUGAACUUACUUUAUAGGUUAAAUGGCUUUUUAGAGAGGUGGUGAGGGAUCAUACUGCGUGCAUCCACAACCAUUUGUGUAACUGAUCAAACAACUUAGCAGCGCUGCCUUUCUUUAUUUUUUAUUUUUCACUUAUAAUGGCUUAGGUGAUUAGUAGGAUAGACAUACUGUGUCCCAAGAGUAGGGGGAGAAAAUACUGUCUUUUAGAGUCUGACCCAGGUUAAUUGCUAAGAGAGACUGGACAUUUUCUAGCUUUCCCUUAUAACCAUAUGUGUAAAACCCAGGUAGUCCUAUCCUUAAGACCAUGUUCCAGGCUAACCGGAUCCUAUUUCAAUGAACGUGAGUGAGCUCCUGACAGAAAAACAACACACCCAAGCCUUUAGCAUGAUGCUCAUGCUUGUUACACCCAGAUAAAUACUAAUCUAAUAAAUAGUUGAGUGUUUUGCGACAGCCUGCCUUGCCCAGGUGAGUGAAGGAAUGAUAUUCAUUCAUUCUUUUAUUCAUCGGACAUGUAUUCAGCACUUCCAUGCUAAGUAUGUGACCCCUGCACUCAGAGUUGACACUCUUGUGUAAAUAUCUGAAUUUCUGUACACUCUGGCGCUCACAUUUGAAAUCAUGUAUUAUGAUUUUCCAAAGAAGGAGGCCCCUGGUUUUCCUACCAAUUUCUCUAUUUAAAUGAUAUGGAAACUUGAUGAGUAAGGAAUUUACCUCUAUUUGUAACUAAAACCAUCUACCAUAUGUUAGACUUAACAUUCUUUUUCUUUCCUUCCUGAAAAAUAAAGUGUGGGAAGAGACAGGA